AUGGCCGGCAAAGAGCUUAUUCUGUUCGACUGCGACAACACUCUCGUCCUGAGUGAACACCUUGCGUUCGAGGCUUGCGCCGAGCUUGCCAACGAGAUUCUGGAAAAGCAUGGAAAGUCGGAUCGCUACACUGGCCCUCAACUCCUCAAGGAGUUUGUAGGUCAAAACUUCAGAGGCAUGAUGGUGUCUCUGCAGAAGAAGUACGGCUUCGAGAUCCCCGAGGCCGAGUUCAACCAGUACGUUGACCGCGAGCUCGGCAAGGUUGUUGAGACACUCGAGAAAAAGGCCGAGCCCUGCGACGGUGCUACCGAGGUACUCGAAAAGUUAUUCAAGAGCAAGAAGUACGGUCUUGCUGUUGUAUCGUCAUCGGCUCUCUCAAGAGUUCAGGCUUCCAUUCGCAAGGUCGGCCAGGACAAGUUCUUCCCCGCAGAGCACGUCUACAGUGCUGCCACCUCUCUCGAAAAACCAACCUCGAAGCCGGACCCUGCCAUCUAUCUCCAUGCAUGCAAGGAGAUUGGUGUCGAGCCCAGCCAAUGUGUGGCUAUCGAGGACAGCAAGUCUGGGGCUACCGCCGCGAAGAACGCCAAGAUUCCUCUUAUCGGCUACGUUGGUGCUUACGAAGACAAGGAAGAAGUUGACAAGAUGGCCAAGAUGCUGACCGAGGAGUGUGGUGCUAUCACUAUCAUGUAUCACUGGAACGAAUUCUUUGACUGCCUGGCCAAGGUCGAGCAGGCUGUCGCAUGA